CUCAGCCUUGCGCACUCCACCCCGUUGGAUCGCGCCUCUGGCGGCGUUGGCGUCCUCUGCCGUCGGCGCAUCGGGUUUCACCCGCAUGCGGACCUUGUGGCGGACGGUUUGCAGCAUCGGUUGCAGGCCGCUUGGCUGGGUGCUGUCAUGAAGGGCGGCCUCCACCUCUGCAGCAUCUGGCUCUUCCACAGCCGAGGAGUGUCGGAGUCCAACUUGCACAUCCUCGCGGAGGCUGCGGCGCUACUUGGUACCUUAUCGGGGCCGUGGGUGAUCGCCGGGGAUUGGAAUAUCACUCCCGACAUGCUCACGGCUACUGGCUGGCUGGACGUCGUCAAGGGCCGUAUCAUCUUGCCCGCUUUUCCCACGUGCAAUGGCUCCACAUACGACUUCUUCGUGGUCAGUCGGAGCAUUGCGCAUGCUGUUCUGGGGGUCGGUCGUAUCGACGACGGCGGCUUCACACCGCACUUUCCGACCAGGCUGUACCUGGCCGGCGAUGCUCGCCGCAAGGCGGUCCGCCGCUUAGUUCGGCCUCGGCGAGUCGACGGGGAGCUCCCUGCAGGCCCCCUGCUGGAUCCCGCGCCGGGCGACUGGGAGGCCGACGACAUUGCUGACGUGGCGCAGCUGGCAGCCGCCAUCGACAACUGGCAUCGCGCGGCACGCAGAACUUUCUCUUCGUUCUCUGGAUUGCCCGCACCGUGGUUUCGACCGCGGUUCCGCUGGGAACCCGCCGCGGGGCAGCUUGCCCGGCGGUACGCUGGCGCUUCCAUGGUCGCUGUUGCAUGGCGGGAGUGCUCUGCGAGGGCGUUCGAGGUCGCUGCCAUCCUCGGGCGACCGCAGCCCGCAGCUGCCGACGAGGUGCUGCUUGCACGCCAUUGGUCACGAGUACUCGCUGCGACGCAGCGGGCGGGUCGGGCUCCUGGCGAGGUUUCUGAGGCCAUGCGCGCUUGGGCAGCAGCUUUCGGCCAUGCGCGGCAGUCCCGCGGCCCCACCGCCCUGCGCUCCCUCGCCGCCGAGGCCGCCAAGCAUGCCCAGCGGAUCGAGAGGGCUGUCUCCGGCGCACGCCUGGCCAGCUACCACGGCGCCCUCGCUGCCCCUGGCGGCUCCCGUGCUGCCCGGCCGUGGGCCUCCGCCCCAGGGGAGCUUGCAUUCCGCUACGUCCGCGGCAUCGGCGGCUGGUCGCGAUCACCACUCGGGGACCCCCGCUGCGACGAGGACAUCCCCGAUGCGGACGACAUGGAUUCCGAGCCUCAUGCAGACCGGGUCGAGGUGUCGAUGGAUGCCCGCAGUCAUGCCGCCGUUGCCCUGCUCUCCGAGCAGUCCGCGCUCGACGCCGAGGCCGCCGGCUGGGCUGAGCAAUGGGCAGUCCAGGAGGCAUACCAUGAACCGUUCUUCCCAGAACAUCUGCUGUCUGCGCCUCAGCCGAUCACGCUGCGGGCCUUGGACCAGGCCAUUGCUUCCUUCCCCGUCCGCACAGGCCUCGGGGCCGACCGCCUGUCGCCGCGGGCCAUCCAGCGGCUCCCCAUCGCGGCCCGCAUGCUGCUCAUCCACAUCUUGCUUGCCGCGGAGCGGCUGGGUGCGUGGACGGCCGCUUGCAACCUGCGCGCGGCCUGGGCAGCCGCCUUUGCCGCCGAGGCCUCGGCAACCUCCGCGCGCCAGCACGUCGCCCCCCUCCUGGAUCUAGCGAAGGCGUUCGAACGGGUGCCGCGCCACCUCGUGGCUGCAGCCGCAGCGCGUUUGGGCUUCGACUUGAUCAUCCUUCGCCUGUCACUGGCAGCUUACCGCUUGGCCCGGGCCAUCGGUGUGGAAGGGUCAUUUUCGUGCUUGCUCAUCGCCACCCUCGGCCUUGCAGCGGGAUCUGGCUUCGCCGCGCUCGAGCUCCAGAUGCUGCUACACGAGUCCAUGCUCAUUGCGUCCUGGCGGUGGCCCUCAUUGCGCCUUUACCUGUGCGUGGACGGCCUGACCAUCACUGCCUCCGAUUUCUCUGACGAAGCACUUGUGGCAGUGGCGCGUGGCGCGAACUUCUUCGUGGACAUGUUCGAGCGCUGCCUCGUGCUCACGGUCUCGACGACGAAGUCGUUCGCGGUCGCGUCGAGGCCGAGCCUGGCAGCCAGGCUGCCCCGCAUGUCCUGGCGACGUUUCUUGGUGCCGAGGCGUAGCGUGAAGAUGCUUGGCACGGCGUAUGCCGGCGGCCGCGCGCGGGCUAUUGGCGUCCUCAAGACGCGCCUCAAGCAGCUCAAAAUGCGCAUUCCCAGAGUUCAUGCCCUGCGCCGCCAGCGCGUGGACACCGCCCGCGUGGUGAAGGCCAUCGGGAGCCCCAGCUGCACGGCGUGGACAUACAUCAUUGGCGCGUCCAGCACGCAUCUGCACAACAUGCGCGUUGCAGCCCUCUGCGCCGCUCUGCCGCCUGGCGCGAGCCGCAACGUCGACGUCACUUUCGCCGUUCUGGAUGCCGGUGGCGCCGCAUUGGAUCCGGCGCAUGCUGCGCACGCCACGCCCCUCCGUCAUUGGGGGUUGGCGUAUUGGCAGGAGUGGGCACCCGCGCCAGAGUUCGACCACGUUUUCGAGGAGUCCCGGACCCGUCUCGAGAGGGUUGUUGCGACUGGCAGGUCGCCGUGGUCCGCCGUGGCUGGCCCUGUGGCCGCUGUUAUCGCCGCGGCGUGGCGCCUCGGCUGGACUGGUUCCUCUCCGCGGCGAUUCCUGGAGGACGUUGGCGAAACGGUUGACUUCCUGCUCAUGUCCCCCGCCAUGGCGUCGGCAGCUGUGCGCGGGUCCGUCGGCAGAUGGCGGACCAAACGCGUGAUCUCCAUGAUCCCGUCCAUCGCCGCCAGCACGCCGGACCUGCCGACCGACGCGGGCGCGGACUCCUUCACGGCCCUCGUGGGGCGCCCCUUGGCGCGCCUGCUCAAGGGCCAGGGGCGCCCGCACAGCACCGUGUCGCAGUGGUCGGCCCCGUGCCGUUCGAUGCUCCUGUCUGCUGCCACUGGCGGACAAUGGCCCCAGGUGCGCCUCGCUCGGCUACGGCAUGCCGACGUCGUUGACCUGGCCUGCCAGCUGUGCGGCGAGGCGCCGGGCACCCUCCUGCACCGCCGCUGCCGCGCUGCUUCGCUGCCGCCGGAGGGGUGGCCCGAGCCGCCCAGCGCGUGCUCGGACCUGCUGUCCGCGCUCCCGGAGGCCCGCGCGACGCUGCUCCGCGCGCGCGGACUGCUCACCCUUCGGCCGCCGCGGCCAGUGGCGCAGGAGGAGCUCGCCGCGCGCUGGUUCCCGGCCCCGCCCGACGAGACGCGCGCCGACCUGUCUUGGCACGCGGAUGGGUCGAUGAGGUUCGGCCCUCUAUGGGAGCUCUGGCGCACGGGAUGCGGCAUCGUGGUCGUCUCUGGCUGCGGCGACCUAGUCGCAUACGGUUGCGCCGUGCCCCCCCCCCCUGCGGUGGCGCUCGUGCUCUCCAUCACCGUCGCGCCGCCCAGCAUCCGCACGGACUGCCGGGCCAUCCUGACUACUGCCGCGGCCGGCACGCUCCAGGCGACCCGGCCCACGCGCAUGCUCGCGCAGCUGUGGUCGCGGGUGUCCGCGCUCUUGGACGGCGACACCUCGGAGCCUCUGGUGGCCGGGAGGCUCACCUGGAUGCCGGCGCACGGCUCCGUUGCCAGCAUCGGCGCAGCCAGGAGGUCCGACGGGCAUGUCGUGACUGCGGUGGACUGGCGCGCGAAUCGCCUGGCCGACGCUGCUGCCAAAGCGGCUGCGGGGUCCCCGCCAGAGUGCGCGGCGGGCGCGCAGCUCUUCGGGCAGGCGGAGUGUCCCGUGGCGCAUGAGGGCGCGAUCCUGGGGGCCGUCACCCACGCCGCAUUCGCGAGCUGGUCGGGCCUGGCGGCGCCGUCCG